AUGACUUCUCCAUUGUUGUACGCACAAUAUGACCCCACCAACACAUACUUAGCAUCCGCUAUCGUGGAACUUGACUCUCACAAGAUCAGAGUUCAAUCCAUCAAUGCAGCACAAUCAUCUCUUAACACCGCUUUCAAACUUUCUUCAAAGCUUACUCUGAUGAGCUGGGGGUUUCUCUCUGGUUCAAGAGAAUCAAUUGAGAAUGAAUUUAUUGCUCUUGGGCUUUCUUCAGGAACAAUUCAAAUAUAUUCUCCAUUCUCCAAUGAAGUUCUUGCUGAAUUAGUAACACCAGCAAACUUAUCAAUCACUGAUUUCCAUUACUCUAAAGCCACCAGUACAGGAUGGUCUUGUGACAUUGGUGGAAAUAUUCAUGAAUGGGACUUAUCAACAUUUUCUUUGGUGCAAACCUUUAGCAUUAAUGAUUUCUUGGUUGAAAAUUCAGAACCAAUUUCAAAGAUUUCUACUGUCAAAUAUGAACAAGUCCCACAUUUGUUGGUUGCUACUCACUCCGUCUAUCUUGUCAAUAUUACCGAAAGACAAGUAGUAAAGACUUUCCCAGCUCAUAUUCAACCUGUAAAUACCCUUCAACCAAUCCAAUCAAACCCAGACUUGUUUUUCACCAGUGCCAUUAAUGAUCGUUUUAUUAAUUUAUACUCCAUUUCCAAGGUGGCUACCACUCUGAUCUUUGUCACUGAAGCUCCUGUGAUAUCCGUUGCAUUUGGUGGGAAUGGUGGUGAUCAUACUGUUUUGUCUGCCAUAACUGAAGAUGGAAAAGUUGAGGUUUUCAACGAUCCUCUUGUAGAACAAGCCAGUACAACUUCUACACCAAGUAGAAAGAAGAGAAGACAAGCACAAUCUCGUACUUCAGAUGGUACCCUUCAAAUCACUAGACCAGCAAAGGAAGCUAGAGCAACCGAUAACUUGAACGUUACCGCCAUUACUGUUAGUGGAGAAACCAUCGUUUUGACUUGGUUAGAAAAUGCAAGUUUACCAUACUUCGAAGUUGUUCAUUGGUUGGAUUCAUCCAAGGGACUUUGUAUUACUUCUAACAAAUCAAUUGAAAAGUCAAAGCCAGAUUUUACAUCUACAGUUCAUUCUCAAUAUGGUCAUGAUGUAGCGGCAACCAAACAUUACAACGAAGGUAAUGCUAUUGUUUCCGACGGAUCAAAUUUAAGAGACCUUCAAAAAGAUUCAGAUGAAGAAGAUGAUGAAGAAGAAGAAGAAUCCUUGGCAGAAAAAUUAGAUAAAUUGUCUACCGAACAAGCACAAAAAUCGAAGAAGAGUACUGAAAGAAAGAAGUUUGGUGUGGGUAGUAAUGUCACAGCUACUUUAACUAUCAUUCUUUCGCAAGCAUUAAAGAACAAUGAUCAUUCUUUGUUAGAAACUGUUUUAUCUAAUCGUGAUCCGACUGUUAUUCAAAAUACCAUUUCUAAGCUUGAUUCUGGACUUGCAGUAGUUUUAUUGGAUCGUUUAGCUGAACGUAUUGCUAGACAGACUUCAAGAUUUGAUCAAUUAAACUUCUGGUUGAAAUGGAUUAUUAUAAUUCAUGGUGGUAUUUUGACUAGUUUACCAAAUUUAAAUUCUAAAUUAUCAAACUUGCAUGCUAUUUUACUGAAGAAAGCUGAUGUUUUACCAAGAUUAUUGGAAUUACAAGGUCGUUUGAACUUGUUAUACCAACAAACCGAACUUAAACGUGAAAUCAUCGAAGAUGACGUCGACCAAGAAGAAGAAGAAAGUGAUGUUGAGUACAUUGAAGAACUUGAAGAUGCUCAAUUUAACGGUGACAUUUCGGAUGAUGACAUGGACAUGCAUGAUGAUUAUGAAGAUUCCGAUAUGGAGGGUGAAGAUGAAGAAGACAAUGAGGAUGACGAAGAAGAAGAUGAAGAUGAAGAAGAAGAAGAAUUCGAUGGUAAAACCGCAAACGCUUUAGAAUUAGAAGUUCCAGAAGAUGAAGAAGGUUAUAGUGACGUUGAAAUUGAAGUUCAAAAUGACUUAUUAGAUGAUGAAGAAGAAGAAGAAGAAAAAGCUGCCGAUUUAAAAGUUAAGGCCCAUAUCAAGAAUUUGAAGAAGCGGAAAUAA